AAUGAAUAAAAGCUGGAGGAUAAAUUUCAAGUCAUGACUUUUAAUAUACUUGAUAGAAAACGCAAAUCCGGACCGGACGUCCACUUGUUUUGGGGAGGUGUAGGGAUGAGAUUUGUUCAUAAAAUGUGGAAGAUCAACGGCCGUUCGUCCAUUAAAUUUUCGUUUCAAAAGGCGAGUUCGUCGGUCACCAAAUUCUCAUCACAUUCCACCAGUGUUAGUGUAAAACAAACAAAGGCCACAACCAAAAAUUAGCAUCCAUUUCUCUCUGAAUUUGCAAUAACAAUUUCUCAUCUCUCUCUCGGUAAAAUGUAAGUCCGAAGCUGUAUCCUAUCUAGUUUACCUUAUUCUGUAAAUUUUGGUUCCAAGAAGUAUUCUAAGCUCUUUUUUGAAGGAUCAGAUAAUAGAAUCUUUGUUAGAAAUGGAGGACACAAAACCAGCAAAGAGGAAACCUGUGUUCAAAAAGGUUAUUGAGCUUCAGCCGGACACCAAGGGACACACUCUGAUUGUAAAAGUGGUUAGUUCGAAGAUGGUAUUGCAGAAGGGCCGUCCUGAUGGGAUCCAAGUUCGUCAGAUGAAGAUUGCUGAAUGCUUGGUUGGAGACGAAACCGGAACCAUCAUUUUCACCGCUAGAAAUGAACAAGUGGACUUGAUGAAACCUGGUGCUACUCUGAUUCUGAGGAAUGCUAAAAUUGACAUGUUCAAGGGAUCUAUGAGGCUUGCUGUCGACAAAUGGGGUCGAGUAGAAGUGACUGAACCAGCUAGCUUCACUGUCAGGGAAGAUAACAACAUGUCGCUGGUCGAAUAUGAACUGGUUAGUGUUGUUGAAAAGUAGCAACGUUUAGAUCAAGGUGCCUUCGCAUAUCUUGCAAGUUGCAAUUCUUGGAAAAGAUUUGAAAACAUUAAAGAUACAAUUUUCUGGAUUGGUAAAAUGAUGCCUAAGAACAUGUAUUGCUUAGCAGAAAUGUUGAAGCUAUUUUUAGGGGAAUCUAAUUUACAAAGAAGCUAGGCUGCUUAUGCUGCUGGCUUGGUUGUUUUAACUCCGGCGUGCUGCUCAGCUAGUAUGCCAGUCACGUAAUGUAAGAGGAACUUGCUUGGUUAUUUGACUUGUAUUAGAAUUCCCAUU